ACAUCUCUGCCCGACACUCCAGCAAACAUCCAGCAGGCAUUUCCAAUCCUCUCAGGGACGCCAUGCUUCCAGCAUAAUGUCGGCUGAAGUUGCGAUUCAGAAGUUCUCCUUCCCCUUCUCCUGUGCUGCGCGUCUUUCUCUGCAAGAUGAGGUGACCCAGAAGGGAUGUGUGCAGGUGAAGGCCCUGCAGCUUCAUGACCUCCAGGAGAAUCCGGCGUUAAGCAAACCAAGCUCUGAUCCAGUUAUAGUAACUCCAGUGCAUAAGAAACAUCAGGAGCCUGGAGGACACGUGGCCGCUGCCCGGGUCCUGGUCUGUGCCGAAGCUUCCCAGAAUGCUGUGCUCUCCGGGCGAAGCGUCUUUGAGAAACUGAUUGUGGAGAAUGAGGAUCAACGUCCUGCGGCCAAGAGACAGCUGUCGUGUGAGAGCGCGGCCAAGACCAUCAGUGUGGUGAAGAAGAGCGCGGUGAGGAAGGAGGCCGAGGAGCAGAGACACCUGAAGCCGAAAACACACCUGGGACAGAAGGUGACGCCGCACGUGGCAGCAACAGGGAGGAGGAAGCGUCGCAAAGACCUGUUCGUCAACUCUGAGGUUUUCCACAGAGUUGAUGCUCAUGUUAUCAGAGCAGGAGCUGAGCUGAAGGAAAAGUGUGUACAUGAUGUGAAGACAAUCGUACAGAGCAUCACACAGGGAGUCAGGACGGAGCUGGAGAGGCUUCGUGCCAUCUGGGUCUGGCUGUGCCACAACAUCGAGUACGACGUGAACGGGUACCUCGGCCGCUCAGAGAAGUUGAGUUCCCCAGAGGAGGUGAUCGCGGCCGGUCGGGGCGUCUGCUGCGGCUACUCCAGCCUCUGUACAGAGAUGUGCAGAGAGGUGGGUAUCGAGUGCCAAGAGGUGCCCGGCCACAGUAAGGGCAUCGGGUACCGUCAGGGCCAGAGCCUCAACAAUGUGAAAUCGGAUCACCUGUGGAACGCCGUGCUUCUCGGGGGACAGUGGUUCCUGUUGGACGCCUGUUGGGGAGCGGGACGAGUGGAUAUGGAACACGAGAGCUUCGUCAAAAGGUUCGAUGAGUUCUAUUUCCUCACGGACCCAGAGGAGUUCAUCGAGUCGCACUUCCCCGAUGAGGAGAAAUGGCAGCUCCUGGAGACGCCCAUACCCCUGGAGGAGUUUGAGAGGAGGGUCUUCAAGACCUCGGCCUUCUUCACCAUGGGGCUCAGACUGAUUCAGCCUCAUCACUUCCACAUGGUCACAGACGGAGGUGAGGCGAACGUGUCCCUCGGCUUCUCCAGACCUGCUACCUUCACCUAUGAGAUCACUCAGCACCAGGACCUCCUCCACUGUGGAGCGUCAGAGCAGAAAGACUCCGGCAACUCGUCCUUCGGCCUCCUGACCGUCUCCCAUCGAAACAUGAAGCUGCAGCUCCUGCCUCCUGCCAGCGGCACAUACGACGUGAAGGUGUUUGCCAGACCCGAAGCAGCCGUCACACCUCUGACGUGGGUCUGCUCCUUCACAGUCGAGUGUCAGACCCCCCGGGCCAGGGAGGAGAUCCCAGAGAAUCCCUUCUUGUCCUGGGGCCUGCAGCCUGUCGCCGGGUCUCUGGGCAUCACAGGCAGCAGCCAGGGCAGCGAGGUGGCUGAGGUGGAAGACGGCGUCUUUGAGCUGGUGUUGAAGACAUCCAGGCCUCUGAUGGUGCUGUGUGAACUGGUUCAUCCAGAGCUGGAAGCUGCUGUAGCCAAGCGCUGCCUGGCUACUCAGAUUCAGCCGGAUGCUCUGACCUGCCACGUCCUGUGUUCGUUACGUGGCUUCUACCGCCUGUCGGUGUUUGUGCGGGACUACGAGAAAACAGAGGUCAAGUUCCAGAACGCCGCAAACAUCCUGUUACACUGCAAAGGGAAGGUGGUCGGACUGGAUGAGCUCUUCCCUCCGAACUUGGGCUCUGUGUGCGGUCCCGGGACCCGCACGUCGGAGGCGGGGCUGUCCAAAUUCAGCCAUACGGCGGCGUUGGUGAGCACACAGCAGGGCAAGUGUAACAUCACCUUCCACAACCAGCGGGACCUCGAGCUUCACACGGUGCUCAGCAGAGAAGAGACGAAAACAGCAGCUAUUCCACUUUCACGCCACCUUUUCUGCACGUACACAGACAGCAAGGUGACGGUGAGCGUCAGCCUCCCUGACGCCGGGGUGUAUCGGCUGGGCCUGUACGCCAGGACCGCCCCUGGUGGAGAUUUCAACCCCAUGUGUGACUUUGUUCUGAGGAACAGCUGCGAUCAGCCGGGGCCUCCGUUCCCCUGCGUCUACUCAGCCUGGAGGAAAGGCUGCGUGCUCUUUGAGCCCCGCGUGGGCCUGCUGGAGCCCCUCUCCUGGGUCCGCUUCAGGGUGAGGGUCCCCGGGGCCCAGAAGGUGAGCGUGGUGGGAGAGACGCGAACUGAUCUCAAACUGAACAAGAGCAGAGUCUGGGAGGGUGAGGUUUCCAGUGGAAACGGUCUCCAGCAACUGAAACUGGCGGCGUCCUCGGGGGAGUCCAGCGACAUGGCUGUUCUAAUGUCCUUCGACAUCAAGCAGUUGGAGAGAGAAGCGUGAAAUAAAAAGGCCGGAGGAAACCAGAUGGACACUUUCUGAAUAUAGCUGUUCACUGCCUUGUGAAGAUUCUGAUACGGACUAAUACAAAUCACUGUGAGACACAAUCUUUCAGGUUUUUACUGCCACUCAUACGUAGGUGUGUGGAUUUUAACUCUGAGUCUUUGAACGUGUGUAAUUUUGUAGAAACCUAACUUCUCUGUUUCCGGGGAUCUUCAGAGAGCUGUGAUCUGACCCAGGUAUUGUUACGAUUGACAGAGGUUCUCAGCCGUGGUGCUAAAUGUCAAACACAUCAGGAGUGUACUUGUGGGUAAUUAUGUUUUAAGUAAAUAUGUUUUAUGAAAUGAUGUUUGUCAGCAUGCUAAUAAAAAAUACUAUAAAAGUAUUG